AUGGCUGAAGUUAAACUAAGCAAUCAAACUAAAGAUAGAGUGGCUGCAUGUAAAUCCUACAUUGAAAGAAAAUAUCAAUUAAGUCUUUAAUAGGAAAUGGAAAAGAAGAUGAUUUGGCAACAAUUGUAAUAAAAUAUGCAGAAUUUGAAUUUCACUCCAAUUGAAUAAGAGUUAAUUAAGAAGGAGAUUUUACAUAAAGAGGCCAUUUAGCUAAGAAAAAAGUGAAUAAUUUAUCAUUUCAAGGCGACAGAAGAUCACAGUGAUGGAUUUUGAACCAAUUGCAAUAAUUGGAAGAGGUGCUUUUGGUGAGGUUCGUGUUUGUAGAGAUAAAGAAACUAAAGAGAUUGUAGCAAUAAAGAAAAUGAAAAAGUCUGAGAUGAUAUUUAAAAAUUAAUUAGGACAUAUAAGAGCAGAAAGAGAUAUAUUAGUAUAAGCUAAUUGUCCAUGGGUUGUAUAAUUAAAAUAUUCAUUUUAAGAUGAAAAAUACUUAUAUUUGGUGAUGGAAUUUUUAAGCGGUGGUGAUUUUAUGACACUAUUGAUUAAAAAGGAUAUCAUCCCAGAAAAAGAGGCUAAGUUUUAUACAGCCGAAAUAGUGCUAGCAAUUGAAGCUGUGCACAAACUCAAUUAUAUUCAUAGAGAUUUAAAACCAGAUAAUAUUCUUAUUGAUGAAAAUGGACAUCUUAAAUUAUCAGAUUUUGGAUUAUGUAAACAUUUGGGAAAUAAAUAAAAUGAAAUAUUAUCAAUUCCUUAUACAGAAAGAAAAUAAGAUACUUAAUAAUAAUAGACUAGAAGAUAAUUAGCAUUUUCAACUGUUGGAACUCCUGAUUAUAUUGCACCAGAAGUAUUUUCAUAGAAAGGAUAUAAUGAUUUAGUAGAUUGGUGGAGUGUUGGAGUUAUAUUAUUUGAAAUGGUUAUUGGUUAUCCACCAUUUUAUAGUGAUACUCCUUAAAAAACAUGUUAAAAAAUUGUAAAUUGGAAGAAACAUUUUGCAAUUCCAAAAGAACCUAAAAUAUCACCUGCUUGUGCUGAUUUAAUUAAGAGAUUAAUGGCUGAUUCUACUGAAAGAUUAGGUGAUGUUAAUUUAAUCAAAAAACAUCCUUUUUUCAAUGGUAUUGAUUGGGACAAUAUAAGAAAUAUCAAAGCUCCUUAUUUACCUGAUAAAUCCAAAAUUACAGCUAAUUUUGAUAAAUUUGAUGAAUAAGAUCCAUGGUAUUAGACAACAGAUAAAAAAGGAAGAGAGUAAAAUCAUUUUUAAGGGUAUACAUAUAAAAGAACUCAUGAAAAUGAAGUUAGUCCUAUUAAAAGAGCAUUAGAAGAAUUAGAGAAUAUUAAACCUUCAGGAAUUAGAGCUAAUUUCGAUAAAAAGUAAAGAUCUUAAUCUCCUGUAUACAAUGCUUCUCCUCAUUUAAAUUAGGGAUAGAGAUCUCAAUCCCCUUCAAUAAAAGAAUAAUUGAAAUAAACAUAUGUUUAAUAUUUUGGAUAAUAUUUGUCUCCAUUAAAUAAACAGAAGAGACCUGAAACAGCUUAAAUUAAAUCACAAGUAGCAAACAAAAAGAACUGAU